CUGUAAAAUAUUUCUAAUAAACAUUUCUAACAUUUUAUUUUGUGAUGAAUGACACAAAUGCACAGAAGAAGGCAGAAAACAGGGAAAGCUGCUGUUUGGCCAACAUCACCAAGGUCCUCGGUGUGUAAACAUCCGUAAACAGCAGUCUGUAAGAGUGACUGAAACCGAGUGAAAUGACUCACUUUUCAGUUGCGCAAAACCAGGUAACCAAGAGGAGAAGCCGAGCUACCAAAACACAAAUAUGGCCAAACAAGUGGUAACGACAGUAUGUUUCGUUCUUUUCCACCUCGUUAUAAGUUACUGGGCUUUUAUGUCCUCAUGUAGCCUCCACUCAUCCACAAAACCCAGCAUACCAACGAUCGCCAGGUAUUUUGGCACCAAAGGCCGCUACGAGGACGUUAACUCGUGGUUAAUCGACGACAUUUUAGCCAUAAACAAAUCCCUCGUAACGCUGCCGUCCUCGAAAUGCAGCGAGAUUCAUUUAACGGCUAUAAUCAGGCACGGGACGAGGUUCCCGACCACCAAAAACAUCCAGAAGAUGCGAGAAUUUUACGAUUUGGUGAAGCUUAACGCGACGGGCGACUUAACCAGUUUGUCAGAAAUCAAGUCUCAGUGGAAGAUGUGGUACUCGGAUGAGAUGGACGGCAGACUGGUGGAAAAAGGCCGUGAAGAUCACAAGCACCUGGCGCAGAGACUUAUCAAAUGGUUUCCCUCUUUGCUGAAUGGGGAAAAUGUGCAUGGCAAACGUGUGAAACUGAUCACCAGCUCCAAGCACAGGUGUGUGAACAGUACCAUCGCUUUCAGAGAGGGACUAAUGACAGGACUCAAAAUAACAGUUGAGUUGGAGCCUGAAUUGAAUGACGCUUUAAUGCGUUACUUUGACCAGUGUGAGCGGUUUGUGAAAGAAGUGGAGAACAACAAGAGUGCCUUGGAAGAAGUGAAGCGUUUUAAUGAAGGCCCCGAGAUGAAGAGAGUGAUGGAGAAAAUGGCUGACAGGCUGGAUGUCCCUUACUCCAGCAUCAAUGAUGAUUCAGUGGAAGCAGCGUUUUACCUGUGUGCAUAUGAAUUUGCCAUUCUUAGUGUGAACUCACCUUGGUGCCAACUCUUUGAUGAAGUAGAUGCGCAGGUGAUGGAGUACUCCAAUGAUCUGAAACAGUACUGGAAACGAAGCUACGGCCAUGUUAUAAACAGCAAGUCCAGCUGCAUCCUCUUCCAUGAUCUUUUCCAUCGGCUUGACCAAAUUGUUGACCAGAUAAACUCAGAUGUUCCAGUAACAGAAGCUGUAACAGUGCAGGUUGGUCACGCUGAGACUCUGAUCCCUCUCCUCACCCUGCUGGAUCUGUUCAAGGAUGACGUUCCUCUCAACUCGACUAACUUUAAUACCCAGCAGAACAGAGUAUUUCGAAGUGGCCGCAUCACACCAUACGCUGCCAACCUGCUGGUGGUGCUGUAUAGAUGUCCAGAGGGGAUCAGAAUUGGAGUGCGACUCAAUGAGAAAUCUUUGACCUUGCCUGGACUCAGCGAGCCCGUGCCCAUGUAUGAGGAUGUGAAGGAACGCUACAGCUCUCUGCUGGGAGGUUGUGACCAAGAGACUGUGUGUAAAAUGAACAGUUCAUGAACAUAACACAGCAAUACAACUCACUAAGGCUGGCUUACUGACACUUUCAUAGAAACUAAAACUUUCUAAAACUAAAACUUUAAAGCUAAUUUUGUCCCACAGUAUUGCUAGCUUAUGGAAUAGACUAAAUUUGUGGACCAAUAAAAAAAAGACUGCAGGCAAAAGAUAAAUCGAAUAUGACUGGGAAACCAAUUUUGACACUUCUAAUGCAAAAUAUAUCAGCACUUUAGUAAAGGUCUUUGCGAUUUUUAGAUAUAUUUAAUUUUGUUUCAUGGGUUACAUAAUUGUAGCUAAAUUAGAUGUCUGCUGCAUUUUUAAAUGAAGAACCAGUGAUUGUACCCUGUUUACAAGUCUGCAUUCAAAAUUGCUGGUUUGAUGCAUCCGUUCUUGCUUACUACACAAUUUCUGCUAAUGCCUUGGUCAGUGGUAUGUAAAAUCUAUUUAGACCAAAGUUUACUUUUGGCCAACAUCUAAUUCAAUUCAAUUGAAUUGAAUCUAAUGUUUGUUUAGUUUUAUUUGAAGAUCAUAUAUUGUGUGUGUGUGUGUGUGUGUGUGUGUGUACAGUGUAUAUAUAUAUAUAUAUAUAUAUAUAUAUAUAUAUUGAAACCUCUAAUUCAGCAGCCUGAAUUUGCAUGCCAUUAUAUAUAUAUAUAUACUGUCCAAAGUGAAUAUGACAUUAGUUGUGCUCAUUGUUUAGAUCUGAGAUUACUUUUGUAAGUGCAAUUACUUCGGUUAAUCAGGUAUGACAAGAAAUAUCAUGGUAACUAUUUGGGCAAAAGGUGUGGGAACCUUGAAAUAGCUUUAUGUGUUACAUUUUUGAGUGUCAUUUUGUUGUAAAGGUACAAUAAACUAGACCUUGGGAGCAAACUGAUGUUCACUUGAAGAAUUCUUAUGUUAAAUGAACUGAUUGUUAGCAAUGUUAAUGGCAAAAGCCAUGACAUGUUGACUUGAUGUUGCAUUUUCACUGUCGUGCUUGACAAAAAUGAAUAGAAUUAGGACUGUCAUCAUUUUAAAAAAAAUUUUUGUCCAUGGAUUAUAACACGUUUGAGCCAAAUCUCAAAACUGUGCUGUGGUGUUAUUGUUCAAUAAUACGUAUGAUAAUAUUUUAUCAAAUAAAUAGUUUUAAGGUAACAAUGAAGUUAAA